AUGACUGCUAUCUGUGCUGCUCCUACGUGUGGUAAGGAAACCGAAUCCACAUUGAAAUGUCCUAUUUGCUUGAAAGAAGGAAUUACUAGCGUUUACUGUGACCAAAACUGCUUCCGUAGUACAUGGUCAGUUCACAAGUCAAUCCACAAGAACGAAGAUGGAACCAACGAUCCAUAUGACCCAUUUCCUACUUACUCUUACACUGGUGGGUUAAGAGCUGCAUACCCCUUAAGUGCCAGGAGAGAGGUCCCUAAGCAUAUUAAGAGACCUGACUACGCCCAAGCUGGUAGGCCCAUCAGUGAAAUCAAGAACGACAGAAUGGGUAAGUUCACCAUCUUGGCUGGAAAGGAUUUAGAAAAGAUUAGAAAAGUUGGUAAGAUGUCUAGAGAGAUCUUAGACAUAACAGCUUCUCACAUAAGACCUGGCAUUACUACCGACGAAUUGGAUGCUAUUUUGCACAAGGAAUGUGUGAAGAGAAAUGCAUACCCAUCACCUUUAAACUACUAUAACUUCCCUAAGUCCUUUUGCACAUCAUUGAAUGAAGUUAUCUGUCACGGUAUACCAGAUAAGACUGUUUUGAAGGACGGAGACAUCAUUAACUUAGACGUAACCAUCUACUACCUUGGGUUCCACUCUGACCUCAAUGAAACCUACUACGUUGGUGACAAGGCCAAAUGUGACAAAGAUACAGUAAACUUAGUUGAGACUACCAGGGAGUCAUUGCAGUUAGCUAUCGAUAUGGUCAAGCCAGGAUUAGCCUUCAGAGAGUUAGGGAAUACCAUUGAAGAGCAUGCCACAAAGAAUGGGUGUUCCGUAGUACGAACAUUCUGUGGACACGGGACAAACCAGUUAUUCCACUGUCAACCAAACAUUCCACAUUAUGCCAAGAAUAAGGCUGUCGGCAUUGCUAAGCCAGGAAUGGUUUUCACCAUUGAGCCAAUGUUGUGUAUUGGAACUUACAGGGAUGUUACUUGGCCGGAUAACUGGACAGCAGUCACGCAAGACGGUAAGUACUCCGCUCAAUUUGAGCAGAUGUUGUUGGUGACCGAGGAUGGGUGUGAGAUAUUAACCGCUAGAACAGAAACUUCUCCAGGUGGAGCAAUCCCCAGAAUUCAAGCAUAG